UCUCUCUCUCUCUCUCUCUUCAUUUCUAGUUGUAGAGAGAGACCCAUCUUCUUUUCCUCUUUCUCUUGGUAAAGAACAGAGGCCGUGGGUUUUUUUUUUCCCUUGUUGUAUUAAUUUUUGGAGUUGAUCGAUCUUUUUCUGUACGACGUUGUCUUAUUUUUCUCUUAUUGUUUACUCUCACUACUACGUUGUAAUUUUCUACACUAGUUUCCUUUUUUUUUUCCUUUAAAAAAACGAAACAACAACAUUUCUAUAGCUGAGUCAGAACUGUCCGAGUUAUUCUGAAUUGUAGGUUUGGUUUUUGUAUAAAUAUCGUUGAGUUAUCCGUCUAGAUCCGCUUCCUAAAUGAAGGGUCGUUUCUCGAUUCUGUUUCUGGACACGUUUCUUUGGGUUCACGGGGUGGUUUGUUGAGUGGGGCUUUUCGGGGCUGGUUUGUUGUCUCGACUGAGUCAGCUAGGUGGUUGGUGUGUCUAAACUGAGUCAACUCGGAGCGUACUUACUGAGUCAACUCGGGGGUUAGGGAAUUGGUAUUAGGAAAGAUCGAGCGAGGUGUUAGGUGUAGGCAGAUUAACCUAACGGCGAUGCCUUCGGUGGGGAUGAGGCGGACAACAAGGGUAUUCAGGAUGGUGAAGAGCUCGGAGGUAGCCCGGGUUCUUCGUUCUGGGCGGCGACUCUGGCCGGAUUCUGGUGAGGCCAAGCCCAAGAGGCUUGCUAAUGAAGGUGAUGAAAACUACAACUUGAUGAAAAAGGCCCCGAAGAGUGAAGUAAACGGUGUUGCUGCUGAGGUAAGUGGGAGGCCCAAAAGAUUAGGCAACGAAGAGAAUCCAAGGAAACAAUCCAGGAAAAUGAAAGCUGGAGCCUUAAACACUAGUGGGAGUGUAGAUAAGAUGUUUGGGAUUGUGUAUACUAGAAAAAGGAAGAGAAAUGGGGUUCAAAAUGGACAUCUUUCAGGGAAUUCGGAGCAGGGAAAUUAUGGGAAAAAGAUUUCCAGAAGGCAGGCCAUUGAGAAUAGGAACACCAACGAGGAUGUUGAAGAGCCUAAAAUGUUUUCUUUUGUUGUGGAAAAUGGGGAUUGUAAUGGCUGUUUUUCCAAUUUUUUGAUUUUGGUUUUGGGUUAUGUGAAAAGGGCAGAAGUAAGGUUGUCUGAGCUUGCUGCCUUUUUGAUGUCUCAGCCAAUAUCUAGUGUUUACUCUUCAAAUGGUGUUAAUUUCUUCUGGGGACCUCGAAAUAGAACUGGAAUAUGCAAGUUUUUUGGGGCCAAAGACUCUAUUCCGUUGUUUUCUUUGGAUUUUUCUGCAGUUCCCCGUUAUUUUCUGUAUAUGCAUUAUAGUAAGGUUCUUAGAUUGAAGCGUAUACAAAUAGUUCCUGUAAAUAGUGAUGAAAUAGUGAGCGACAGUGAAGAAGAUGAACCAUGUGUAACUUCCGUUGUAGAUGUUUGCAAGAGUACGAGUGGAAAUGCUGCAGUUGAGAUUGAUAAUCUUGGGAGCAAAGUUGUUUUGCAUCCAUCUGUUAGAGCUUCCAAACUAACAGGUCGAAAUGCUCAAUGUAGAAAUGGUCUGAGUUCUCGCAGUAUUCAGAAGAGGAGGAGUUCGCUGAGGAGAAGGAGAGCUAGAAAUCCUUCUAUUGUUGGUAUACACAAGGCUAAUGGUGCUCUAAUGUCUGAUUUGAUCAGUAGUAGGAGAAAUGGCAUUCCAUUUUCUUCUGUAGUUUCUAAAAACAAGCUUAGGAGUUCAGUACGCAAUAGUUCUGUGGCAAACGUAAGUGAUGUGGGCUCUUCCAUAUCGGAUUUAAUGCAAAAUGUAGACUCAUCACAGUGCUCUGCCAACAUAUUGGUCAUUGAAGCUGACAGAUGUUACAGGGAAGAAGGAGCAAUUGUCACUUUAGAGCUCUCUGCAUCACGAGAAUGGCUUCUUGUAGUAAAAAAAGGUAGUUCAACUAAGUUUGCAUGCAAGGCAGAUAAAUUUAUGAGGCCUAGUUCUUGCAACCGUUUCACUCAUGCUAUAAUUUGGACUGGGGAUGAUAAUUGGAAGCUUGAGUUUCCAAAUCGGCAGGACUGGAUUAUUUUCAAGGAUCUUUACAAGGAAUGUUCUGAGCGCAAUGUGCCUGCUUCAACUGUUAAGGCCAUCCCUGUGCCUGGGGUUCAUGAAGUUCCAGGGUAUGAGGAUAGACGCAGUGUGCCGUUUUGCAGACCAGAUUUCUAUAUCUCUUUAGAUGGUGAUGAGGUAUCUAGAGCCUUGACAAAGAGGACGGCAAAUUAUGACAUGGACUCAGAAGAUGAGGAAUGGUUAAAGAAGUUCAAUAAUGAGUUUUUUUCUGGAAAUGGUCAUUGUGAGCAUCUUUCAGAGGAUUGUUUUGAGCUAAUGGUUGAUGCUUUUGAGAAGGCCUAUUUCUGUAGUCCAGAUGAUUACUCUAAUGAGAAUGCUGCUGCUCAUCUCUGUCUUGAUCUGGGUACUAGAGGACUGGUUGAAGCUGUUCAUACUUACUGGUUGAGAAAAAGGAAGCAGAGACGAUCAGCACUGCUUAGGGUUUUCCAGGGUCAUCAGGUCAAGAAAGCUCCUCUAGUUCCAAAGCCUUUUCUACGUAAAAGGAGGUCAUUUAAACGUCAGGCCAGCCAUGGAAGAGGCAAGCAACCAUAUUUGUUGCAAGGACCUCGUUUCAGAUACAAUGCUGAAACUUCUAUAAUUUGUAAUUGUGCAGCAUUGGCAGCUGAACGAGAUUCCAUGGCUGAACAGAACGCCAUGCUUAAACUUGAAGAAGCUAGAGUCUCAGCAAGCAGAUCUGUUGAGUUGGCUGUCCUCAAACGCCAACGCACACAGUUACUAAUGGAAAAUGCGGAUUUGGCAACUUACAAAGCCAUGAUGGCACUUAGAAUUGCUGAAGCUGCUCGAUUUACUGAAUCUUCAGAUGUUGCCGUUGCUCAUUUUUUUGAUUUAUGAGAUAUUGGUACUCGUAGCUUAAGUGGGAUGUUUGCCGGAAUCUGGGUUAUUUAUUUCCUGGGAAAUCACAAGCUGCAUAGCUGUUUUUGAAGCCCAGGGACAGGGAAGACGACUUUGGAAAAGGGUACUGUAAUAUUGUAUAGCUUUAAAUAGAAUGUACAUUCUGUAUUGUUGUAACAUCACACCAAAAUUUUUUGCCAGGUAAUUUGGUAGAGAAAUCUGAAAGGAAGAAUUACAGGAAAUUUUGAGUCUUUGAUCAAGAUAUUAAAAUGUUUUA